AUGAUAAUGAAUAGUGGAACUAACAUUAGUGGCCAUACAAGUGAUGAUGCUUUGAAUGGAAAUCAUGGACCAACAGAAUGCGAAGUUUAUACGGAACGUCAGUUGCAAAGUGCAUUUUACACAUCAACUAUUAUUGAUCCUCAACAAAUUAUGAUAUCAGCUGUACAACAACAACCGAUUAUUGAACAAUCUGAAUCACCUAAUUUAAUACAACAAUAUCCUGAAGAAAUAGUUGCAUGUUUACCACUUAGCGUUGGCCCGAAUAUGAUACCAACGCCUUGCACUCAAGCACCAGUUACAUUGCAAGAACAAAUAGUUAACUCUGGUGAAUAUGCUUCAGGAAAUCAACAGUAUGAUCCUUGUCUCCCAAAUGUUUCUUCAACAAUUAUUAAUCUGCAAGAAAAACCAUUAUUAGAAGGAACUAUCGGAUAUGAUUCUUCAUCAUCACCAAUGAAUAUAAAUUUGAAUCAAACAACAGAGUCACCCAAUCAAUCAAUAUUAGAAAUAGACGGUAGAGAAAAUGCAGUAACACCGUUUAUUUAUGAUUUGAAAAAAUACAAAUAUAAUUAUUUUUUAUCGAAUCUGUCAUGUGCAUUUGAACAAAAUCAAGUAAGAUUCGGUGCACCAAAAGGGUUAUGCACAUUAAAUGAUGAUCGUCUGUUAGUUGCAAAUUUUUCUACUAAUUCACUUUUACUUAUCGAUUUAAAUGGUAUCGUUCAUCAAAUAUUUAAAGACUUACCGUCACCAAAAGCUGUUGCGUAUUAUUCAUCGAAUCCAUCACAAGCCAUUGUUGCUACCAGAAAGGAACUUAUUAUUCUAGAUUUAAAUACGAGCCAAAUUGUUGCAAAAAGUAAUCUUGCAGGAUUUUAUCCAUGGAACAUUCAAUAUAUUGCAGAGACCAAUAUUAUUGCAGUUUUGAUAAGUGAUUGUUUAUCUGACUAUUUAGCAUGUGAUCCAUCCAGUGAACGUAUUGCGUACUUCGACAAAAAUCUAAUGAACAUCGGCGAAUGGUCAUUUAACAGUCAACAUCAGCAAAAUUCUGAUCUAUCACAAUCAAGAGUUCAUGACAAAGUCUAUCCGUAUGCAGCAUAUUACUUUCCUGAUAAUACAUCAUUUGUAUUGACAUGCUGUAAAGAUCGAUUUGAAUUUAGCCAAGUAGAUGAUAACAAUAAAAAACUAAAUAGUUUCAAUCUACCUAUAAACAUGAAAUCAUACUCGUUUUAUGUUGAUGGUGCAAGUAGAUGCUUAUUACCUGACGCAAUUAAUCAUCGUUUACUUUCAAUCGAUAAAAAUUCAAUAGUUGAAGAAUAUAAAUGUGAUUCAAUUCGCGAACCAUAUGCAAUAUCAUUUUUAUCAACUGGAACAAUGUGUAUUACCGAUCAUAGCACAUCAUAUGGAACGAAUGGUGGCAUAUCAAUAAUUAGUGAAACUGAUUUAAGAAACAAUCAAUAA